AUGAAGGUUGCGCCCGUCCUCGCCGCCGCGGCUGCCAUGAUGGCAUCCGUGGCCGUCGCUGCCCCGGCUGUCGACGCAACUGUUGUCGGCCCCCGUGACGACGCCGAGACGCAGGUUGAUGCUCUCGUCGCCAAGAUCAAGGCAGACUUCCAGGAUGAGCUUGAGUCUAAGGCUGUGAAAAUGCGCACGCGUGGCCAAACACCAAAGUGCACACCGGACAAAGUCGUCUUCCGCCGGGAGUAUGGCUCGCUGUCUAAGCAGGAGAAGCUUGACUACAUCAAUGCCGUCAAGUGUCUUCAGAAGCUACCAGCACGGACACCAUCUAGUGUUGCCUCUGGUGCCAAGUCUCGCGUCAGUCUCUUCGAUGACUUCGUCGUCACUCAUAUUCAACAGACUCUGACCAUUCACUACACUGGUAAUUUCAUGCCAUGGCACCGUUGGUUCGUCUACUCAUAUGAAACUGCACUGCGCGACGAGUGCAACUAUACCGGCUACCAACCUUACUGGGACUGGCCUCGAUAUGCUUCGGCACCCCAAGACUCCCCCAUCUUUGAUGGUAGCGAGACUAGCUUGGGUGGAAAUGGAGACUACAUCCCGCACGACGGCCCCGUCAUCACGCCUCCCGACGGUGUUGGUGGCGGCGACAUUCAACUGCCAGCGGGCGUAGGAGGUGGCAAUGUCACUACUGGUGCUUUUGCCAACAUGGUUGUCAACCUCGGCCCAGUGGGCGGCCUGCUCGGUGUGGACCCCGGCCCGGAUGGCGGCCUAGGCUAUAAUCCUCGACCUUUAAAGCGAGAUCUCGGAGGAGCCAUGAACACCAGAUACGCUAAUUGGACUACGGUAUUGAACCUUCUAUCUACACCUGAUAUCUCGGCAUACCGCCAUCUCUCCGAGGGUAUUCCAUACACGGUCGAGAUUGGACCUCAUGGUGGAAUUCAUUACACUAUCGGUGGUGACCCGGGCGGUGAUCUUUUCACCUCUCCUGGCGACCCUGCUUUCUGGGUGCACCACGGACAAAUGGACAGAAUGUGGACAUACUGGCAAGCUCUCAGCCCUUCCACGCGCAAGUGCGACCUCAAUGCCGGUGACUACGGCCACAUCACCUGGGCCAACUCUCCAGAGUCGCGCUUGACCAGACUAAGCGACGUUAUUGAUAUGGGAUAUGCUGCCCCCUCGAUCACCAUCGGAGAGGUCAUGGACACGACUUCGGGUCCUUUCUGCUACUUCUAUCUUUGA